AUGGCGAUGCGGGAGCUAGUGGAGGCAGAAUGCGGGGGAGCCAAUCCGCUCAUGAAGUUGACCGGUCACAUGACUAAAGAAGGCGGGGCAUGGCGGCACCGCUCCACACCUACGAUUCCCCCAACUCCCAUUGAAAUUGCAACGGAAGAUGAGCUGGUUAACGAGUUCCUCCAAGCACCCCCACGUCCCCCGCAGACAUUCGACAUGGGUCAGCUGCUGGAGGAGAUGCAGCAGAUCGAUCAGCAGAGCUACAGACAGGCUCCACAGAGAGCGCCAGAUGUGGCGGCGUUGGCUCUCUCGGGUGACUGGGCGGCAGAGUUCGUAUCGGGCUCGGAUCCAGCUUCCACGCCGGGCCUUGUUGCGCUUGGUGACACGGCAGAUGCCGACUGGACUAAGGAAUUCAUCGCUCAGGCUGCAGAUCCUGGACGCUGGGCAGAGGAAUAUCUGGAACAGUCAGAGGAGAAACUGUGGCUCGGAGACUUUGGAGACAAGGAGAGCGAGUGGACAAAGGAAUACCAAACAGGAGAGGAGUUGAGGCAGACAGCCAAUGAACUCGUCUCAAAGGUGGAUGACCCCAAGUUACAAAACACAGAGUUCCUGCGGUUCAUUAGACAAAUUGGCGAGGGCAGUGUGACAGUGGAGAGCAGGACAGACAAACAGCUCACUGAUAAAGCUCAGGCCGAGGAGGCUCACAACUGGGCUUCCAACCUCAACCAGUUCCUGACGGAAACAGGGGGAGGGAGUCUUCCCUUGGAAUCUGCCGAGAGGAAUGAGAAGAUUGACAAAGCUAAAGCUAAGCAGGCACAGCAGUGGGCCAAGGUCGUCAGGCAGGUGUCACAAGAGUCCGCCGAAGCCUGGGUGGACGAGUUCACCGCCACCGGACCGGAUUUCCACCAAGCUAAAGCUGCGGUGGAGAGUGAUGUUGAUUUCUGGGAGAAGCUGCAGCAGGAGUGGGAGGAGAUGGCUAAACGGGACGCAGAGAGUCAUCCCUGGUUGUCAGACUUUGAUCAGCUGGUCAGCACGUCUUACGACAAGGGGUAUCAAUUUGAAGAAGACAACCCAUACUUGUCCCACCAAGACCCUCUUACAGAGGGCCUGCGGAGGAUGGAGGCCGGUGAUAUCCCGGGAGCUGUUAGGCUCUUUGAAAGCGCAGUACAGAAAGAGCCAGACAACCAGCUGGCAUGGCAAUAUCUGGGCACGUGUCAAGCAGAAAAUGAGCAAGAAUUUGCGGCCAUCAGCGCCCUCCGCAGAUGUGUGGAGUUGAAGAAUGACAACCUGACUGCACUGAUGGCCCUAGCCGUCAGCUUCACCAACGAGUCUUUGCACCGGCAGGCCUGCGAGACUCUUCGGGACUGGCUGAAGCAUAACCCCAAAUACAGCGCAGUGUGGGAGCAGCAUGAGCGAGAGCGUCAGCAGGAUGCUUCCCGAGAAAGGGAAAAGGAAAGGGAACGUUUUGGUUCUUUGCUGCCAGAGUCCUUGUUUACAGAUGUGCAGACUUUGUUUCUACAUGCGGCGAACACGGACCCUGCUCAGGUGGACCCUCAGCUGCAGUGCGGUCUGGGAGUCCUCUUCAACCUUAGUGGCGAGUACGAUAAAGCGGUGGACUGUUUCACCGCGGCGCUAUCUGCCACACCACAGGAUUACUUGCUUUGGAACAAACUGGGCGCCACGUUGGCGAACGGUAGCCGAUCCGAGGAGGCCGUAGCCGCCUACAGGAGAGCACUGGAAUUACAGCCUGGUUUCGUCCGUAGUCGCUACAACCUUGGAAUCAGUUGUGUCAAUUUAGGAGCACACAGGGAGGCAGUGGAGCACUUUCUGGAAGCGCUUUCCCUUCAACGCCAGGCUGCUGCCGGCAUUGAAGCAAGAACCACGCGAGGGCCCGCCGGCACUGCGGCCACAGUCAUGUCAGACAACAUCUGGUCCACUCUGCGCAUGGCUCUCAGCAUGAUGGGCGAGAGCUCGUUGUACUCCGCUGCCGACCGCCGCGACCUGGACACUUUACUGGCCCACUUUUGCCAGAGGGAUGUUGAGGGCGGGACCGAAUGA